CCUUCGACUACCUCCAGCCCCAAGCGUACACCUUCCAGCAUCCCCUCCACGACUAAGAAACCGACGCUGUCUCCAUCACCUGGAACUCCUGGAGUGGACAAGAAAGUGAGCUGGAACUGGUUUGCAUCAUCUACCACGGAUUGCGAUGCAAGCUUGAGCAAGGACACGUUGAACCGUGGAUUGUACAUCGGGGGAGAGAAUAUCCCUGCCGACUGUGGCAAGACCGCAUCUUUCACUUACGAUGGCCGCACCGUCAUAGCUACGUAUGCUUGGCGGACCACUGGGGGCCAAGGCUACAACGAGUUGUCACCUCAAGCGUUUGCCCAAUUGCUUGGGUCAAACGCCAAUGCCGCCAACUUCAACUCAGCAAGUGACUUUCAAGCUGCUAUUAAUGACCCCGGCCAUGUUUUCUCCACGUGUUCUGGAACGUGCUAA